UUUCAGCUUCUAAUAAGACUACAUUGGUAACAGCUGAUUCAAUGCUUGCAUGAUAUUUGAACAUAUUCUUUUUUCCGGUGUAGAUAUUCCCGUUCAAUUAAAAGUUGAAAUUGUGUGUAGUUUUUAUUUAUUUAUAUAUCUUGACAGUAUUAUUUUGAAGAAUAGUAUGUAUAAAAAUCUUAUUAGGCCUUUUAAACAAAAGUGUAACAAAACUCGAUGAUAUAUUGUACAAAACUAGUAUUAUAUCAAGUAUUAAAUUAGGAAGGCUUUAUUUUAUAUUGUACCAAGUUAGGAAGAUAAAGAUGAGUGUUGGAAACAAAUUGAGUCAGAGGUUGUUAUUGUCAUAUUGUUCAUUUACUUGCAUUUAUUUUCCUGGCAUUUUGAUUCUGCUUAAGCUAAAUGAUAACUUGUAUAAUGUGGGAAAAUAUAAAUUCAUUCCAGUACUAUUGAUUCUGCUUUUUGCGGAAGUGAUUAAAUUGAUGUUUCCUAUGUUUCACUCUGAAUCAACGCUUAUAACAAAAACUGAAUUAAGAACAUCUUCAAGAUAUAAAAGGACUUGGUCUAGAUAUCUGAAAGAAAUUUUCAAAUUUUUGUUAGCUGUUUUUCUUUUGUCCGUCGUAUAUUACAUUGUAAUUAUACUGUUUGGUGCACCAAUAUUUAUGCGCCAUGAAGAAACUACUAUGCUCACUGCCACUUUGACUACACUCACGUUUAUUCCUGCAAGUUUACAUUUAGGAGUAGAUGGUGCGUUAGAAAUAAUAACAGGAGGGCAAUCACAGAAAGGAAAUGUUUUAAUUGAUGCUUUAAAGAUAAAUAUUCAGGUUACUCUUUUAGGUACAUGGUUAGGUGCUAUUGUGAUUCCAUUAGACUGGGAUCGACCAUGGCAAACUUGGCCAAUUCCAUGUGUUUUAGGAGCUCUUCUUGGCUAUACAGUUGCACAUUUUAUUACUCUUGUAAAAACACUACCUAUGUUAAGAUUAGGUAAAAAAGUUUAUAGAUAAAUAUCAAUGAUUAUGCAAAUAGGUGAAAUUGAACAUUAUAAGUUUCAAUAGACAAAUUUUGUACAAAUGUAUAAAAUGUUUGUAACAAAGUGAUCUCUUUUGUACUAGCAUAGUUUUGAAACAAAUAAUUCUUGUUAUCCUAGUCUCACUGAGAAGUGACUUCACAUAAUUUAAUAUUUUGUACAAUGCAAUACGAAAAAUAAACAUGUUAAGAAAUAAAUGUAUAAAUUUAUGUACAAGUUGCAGAAAACAAUUAAAUAGAAUAAAAAUUUUUCUGUACAAAAUAAGUUUUAUCUUUGAUAGAUGUCAUGUUAGGUCAAAUUACAUGAAACUUCUGAUGUAAUAACAUGAUAAUGCUUGAAAUCAAAGUGUCAGAUUAAAAUUUUGUUUGUUCUAAUAAAAGUUAUAAAUUUUUUUAUUGGAACACUGUGAUCAAUAAAUUAUAUUUUAGAGUAAAGCACCAGAUGUCAGUAGUAUUAAAAUAGCAACGUGCAAACCAUGGCCUUGAAUUCAUUUUAUCGUUGAAUAUGUCUCGAUAUCAGUGUGAUUAAUAUUCUUCACAGUGCUGUUCAUUCAACUUAUGCUCUUCUCUACGCCAUUAAUUAAUAAUUAUAUUAAUAAUGUCGAGUACCACUGGAAAGGUAAUCAAAUGUAAAGCUGCUGUAGCAUGGAAGGAAAAACAGCCUCUCUCACUGGAAGAAAUUGAAGUUGCACCUCCGAAAGCUCAUGAAGUUAGAGUAAAAGUUGUAGCUGUGGCUUUGUGCCACACUGAUGCUUAUACUUUGGAUGGCUUAGACCCAGAAGGAAUUUUUCCUUGUAUUCUUGGUCAUGAAGGCAGUGGUAUUGUUGAAAGUGUUGGGGAAGGAGUUACAGAAUUUAAACCUGGUGAUCAUGUGAUUCCAUUAUAUAUUCCCCAAUGCAGAGAAUGUAAAUUCUGCAAACAUCCAAGUACAAAUUUAUGUGGCAAGAUUCGUGCUACACAAGGCAAAGGUGUAAUGCCUGAUGGUACUUCUAGAUUUACUUGCAAAGGUCAAACCAUUGCUCAUUUCAUGGGUUGCUCUACUUUCUCUGAAUAUACUGUAGUGGCAGACAUUUCUCUUGCUAAGGUUGAUCCUGUUGCACCACUUGAUAAAGUAUGUUUGCUGGCUUGUGGAGUAUCUACUGGAUAUGGUGCUGCUCUAAACACUGCUAAUGUAACGCCUGGAAGUUCAUGUGCUAUAUGGGGAUUGGGUGCAGUUGGAUUGGCAGUUGCAUUUGGUUGUAAGCAAGCUGGUGCCAAGCGUAUUAUUGGAAUAGAUCUGAAUUCAAGCAAAUUCGAACUAGCUAAAAAGUUUGGAUGUACUGAGUUUGUUAAUCCUAAGGAUCAUAACAAACCGAUUCAGGAAGUGCUGGUAGAAUUAACUGACGGUGGAUUAGAUUUUACUUUUGAAUGUGUUGGUAAUGUAAACGCUAUGAGAGCUGCAUUGGAGUCUUGUCAUAAAGGUUGGGGUACAUCCGUUAUAGUGGGUGUAGCUGCAGCUGGUCAAGAAAUCAGCACUCGCCCAUUCCAAUUGGUAACGGGACGCGUAUGGAAAGGAACUGCGUUUGGUGGAUGGAAAUCCAAAGAUAGUGUUCCUCAAUUGGUACAAGAUUACAUGGCAAAGAAGUUAAUUCUCGAUGAAUUUAUUACACAUACUCUUCCGUUUGAAAAGAUUAACGAGGGAUUCGAUUUGUUGCACUCAGGCAACUGCUUAAGAGCAGUGCUCAAAUACUAAAAAAGAAAUUUUUACUGGAUUUUGUAUCGUUUAUAUUUUACCUAUGGCCUGGAUGCAUCUAAUGUUUUGUAAUGCUCUUUACAAAUAAAGUUAAUAUAUUUCUUUAUGAACAUA